AUGAAUCUUUUGUUACAUUGCUUGAGAAAUAUAUUACUUAUAAAAAUUUCUGAUCAAGAAAAUGCCAACCAACUUGGAAAUCCUAUAAUUAGACGUCCAAAGGGAAGACCUCAUGGAGUUACAAGAUACAGGAAUUCUUUGAAAGAAUUAAAAUUCAAUGAAUCUAUUGGUGGGAAUAAAAAUCAACAAAACAAAUGCAAUAACAUAGGACACAAUCAUACAAUUUGUCCGUUAAAACAAAGAAAUGAAAAUCAUUAUCAUAAUUAA